UGGUUGUGCUCGUGCGUUUGUGCAUGUGCAUGCACGUGUCUUUCUGUGCAUGCUCUCGCGCCGCAACCCAAUUCCCUACGCCGUAGGCAUUGCUGCGUAUGGAUGUGUCAACCACGGUGGAGGAUCGCGAGGAACAAAUCGACAAGGUCCUGGUGGAGCUUGGUCUGAUGAAGAUUCGUGACACACGUAUCGGCAGUCCGAUCACUGGCACACGUGGUAUAUCCGGCGGAGAGGCUAAACGCCUUGCCUUUGCAUCUGAAAUUCUGACCGACCCGCCAUUGCUGUUUGCCGACGAGCCCACUUCUGGACUGGACAGUUUUGCGGCGCAGAGUGUGGUGAACGCGCUGAAGAACCUUGCCGACAGCGGCCGAACCAUCAUCUGCACUAUCCACCAGCCACCAUCGGAAGUCUUCCAGCUCUUUCACCAGUUGUUGCUGUUUGCCGAAGGUCGCACAGCCUACAUGGGCCCCAUCAGCACUGCACCUGCUGCGUUUGCCCGUUUGGGUUAUCCAUGUCCAGAGAACUACAACCAUGCUGAUUUCUACAUUCACACUCUCUCCAUCAUACCGGGCAAGGAAGACGAAUGUCGUGCUAGAGUCAACGAAAUCACUGACGACUACCAACGCCAAGAGGAAGCAGACGGCGGCCUGAGGGCACCCCUGCCGGAGUCGGAAAACUUGGUCAACACGCUCAGGGAAAUGAGCCACAAUCGAAUCCAACCUCUUUUUACGCAGGCUAAGUGGAUACUAUGGCGGAGCUUUGUGACAUCUAUGAGAGAGUUUCAAGUCGUCGGAGUGCAACUUAUGCAGACCAUCGUCAUGGCUCUCAUGUUUGGCUUGGUCUACCUGCAAAUCAACGACGGCAACGGCAACGAUCGGGUCCAGAACUUCGCCGGAGCGGCCAUGAUGGUUCUUGUCUCUGCUAGCUUCACCACUCUGUAUCCCGUUGUACAGGUGUUUCCAACUGAAGUUGUUGUGUUGAUACGGGACCACGACAACCACAUGUACAAGACCUGGAUUUUCUACUUCAGCAAGUUCUUCGCUGAGCUACCCAUCACAACACUAUAUUCACUUCUUUUCACUGUCAUCACCUACUUCAUGAUUGGUUUUCGGGUGGAUGCAGACGGGUUCUUCACGUAUUUCGCCGUUCUUCUCAUGGCGGCUUAUCAAGCCCGGGCUCUAGGCUUCUUCAUCUCCACUUUGGCGUUUGACAACGCGCAGCUAGGCCUGGCGUUGGUCACUCCGUUUGUCAUCCCCUUCAUGCUCUUCACUGGAGUCUUUUUAAAUCCCGAUAAUGUUCCAGACUACCUUAUAUGGAUUGAUCGCACCAGCUGGUUCAAGUAUCAAUGGGAGGCAUUGCUGAUCAACGAAUUUGAUGACUUGGAUUUAGGUUCCUGCGGCAACGCCACAGCUUUUUGCUUUGAGAAUUGUGAUGCAGUUCUGCAGCAGUUAUCUCUAGGACAGGGCUUGGAUCAGAUCUGCUUUGACUUUGGAAUCUUGCUGGCCAACAUGAAAGACACUGACAAACAUAGCGGAAUACAGAAUCAUCUCAACACUAGAACAACACCAUCAUGA